AAAUGGGCCCCGCUUGGUUUCCUCGGGACUCUCCGGCAUGUGUGUGUCAGGUGUGGUCCGGGGCAUCUGGGAGAGGGGUGUGUGUGUGUGUGUGUGUGUGUGUGUGUGUGUGUGUGUGUGUGUGUGUGUGUGUGUGUGUGUGUUGGGGGAGGGCGGAGGAAGGAGAGAAGAGGGUGUUCCUUCUCGUUCCUCCUUUAUUACGGAGGCUAGGGGUGUGGGGGAGGCUGGACCCUGAUUCUGGGCCUCGCUUUCUCGGCGGUGCCUUUCUUCUUUCGGCAGCCUGCGAACUUUCCUCCCCUGGGGGGUGUGCGUGUGCGUGUGCGUGUGCGUGUAUGUGCGUAUGUGUGUGUUCUUCCCCCACUCCUUUGCCUUUCCCCGAGUCCUCUGCAGCCUCCUCCUCCGUCCGACCCGGCCUGGAUGGAGUGGUUUGUUCUGUUGUUGGAAGCAGCAGCCCGGGACCUGGGUGGGGGGUAAAGGUGGCAGAGAGAAGAGUCCCCUUUUCUGCUUUGCUCUACUCCUCCCCCUCUCCCCCUCAGUCUGUGACCUGGGGAAUUGAGGAUAAGGAGAGAGGAGGAGAGCGGGGGAACCCCGGGGGCUGGCUUUGCAGCCGCAGCACCCGAAACCUUGACCUUGGCCUGGCCGAAAAAAAUGAGCUUUCUGCCCCCCCUGGCUCUGCCGACCCCUGCUGGGCUGGUGCGUGGUGGGGGGCGGGAGCACGUUAGGCGGAGCCUGUAACCCCCUCCCCCUCCAGGGGCCACGGCUGGAGGGAGGAUUUGGGGGGAGGGGAGGCUGGGCGGAAGCGCGAAUCGCCGGUCCCCAGACAGAGUUCGGAAGCCGGUCUCGCGCGCACGCGCCCCGUGCUGGGCUGGCUGGCUUCUCCCGGCCGCACCAUCACCGUCCCUGGUUGCCUGGUCCUCCGCAGGGGCCACUAGCUCCGCUCCCGUAAUCCUGUGGGCCGUGGGGCUGGUGGCGUGGGGGCGGGGGGUGAGGGCGGGGGGUGAGGACGGAGGCCAGUCUCCGGCCUAGCCCAGGCAGCAGCCCGGCUCCUCCUCCUCCUUCCCUCCUCCCCACCCCUCUUCGCACCCCCCUCCCCCUUGCUUUGCACACUUGGCCGACCUGCCUUUUCUGCUUGCUGCGCACCCUCCCUUUCCCUCCCCCAAGCUUUGUCUCAGCCACUUUCAGGGUCUCAUCUUCUUUUGCUUCUUGAGGGCUAGGAGAGUUGGCCUCUUAUGGCUUGGCUUUUUUUUUUUCUUCAACAUUGCUAAAUCCUUUGUAAGAAAUAGCAACCUCUUGUUUAUAUGUUUUGGGUUACAAAUCUCAGGUCGUUUUCCAACUCCAGAUUAUUUUUGGAUGUGACAACCCAGGGCAUGCCUGCAGUAUGUAACUUAGACCAAUUUUACCUGGCUCUCUUGCCUUCCUUCAUUCUUUUGAGUUUGCUGCCGAACUGCCCAGUCAGCAUUACCAUCUUGCUCUCCCCAGUUGCCCAUAUGAAGGAAAUGUGGGUUUCCAGAGAACUUUAAUAUUGCUGCAGCUGAGUUGUAGCAGGUACUCAUUAAUGAGUGAAGGAUCAAAAAGCAGGACGGUGGUGGAGAAGCAAUGGAGAAUAAAAGCUUAGAAAGUUCACCAUCAGACCUAAAGUUAGUGGCUCACCCGAGAGCAAAAAGCAAAGUUUGGAAAUACUUCGGUUUUGAUACGAAUGCAGAAGGAUGCAUAUUGCAGUGGAAGAAGAUCUACUGCCGUAUUUGCAUGGCACAAAUUGCCUAUUCGGGAAACACUUCCAACCUUUCAUACCACCUGGAGAAAAAUCAUCCAGAUGAAUUUUGCGAAUUUGUAAAGAGUAACACAGAACAGAUGAGGGAGGCCUUUGCUACUGCUUUUUCGAAACUGAAGCCAGAAUCCUCACAGCAGGUUGUUCAGGACACUUUAAUUAUGAAGACCAGCCAUAGCUAUGAAAACAAAAAGCACCAGGAGCUGACCUCUGCUGUGAUUAGCCUAAUUUGUGAAGGCAUGUAUCCUUCUUCCAUAGUGGAUGAGCCUACAUUUAAGAUGCUUUUGAAAACAGCAGAUCCAAGAUAUGAACUUCCUAGCAGAAAAUAUUUCUGUACAAAAGCAAUUCCUGAAAAGUACAAUGCAGUUAGAGAAAUCGUCUUGAAAGAACUGACAGACAUUUUGUGGUGUGGAAUAUCCACUGAUAUAUGGAAAAGCCAAAACCAGAAUAGGUCCUAUGUAACCCUUGCAGUUCAUUUCCUCAAUAGUAACUCUUCUCAUUGUUUGUCUGUUAACUCAAGAUGCUUAAAGACAUUCGAGGUCCCUGAAGAAAACACUGCAGAGACAAUUACAAGAGUCCUUUAUGAGAUCUUCAUUGAGUGGGGGAUCAACACAAAAGUCUUUGGUGCUACAACAGAUUAUGGGAAAGAUAUUGUAAAAGCUUGUUCACUUCUGGAUAUUCCAGUUCAGAUGCCUUGUUUGGGUCAGACUUUCAAUGCAGGAAUACAACAAGCUUUCCAGCUCCCUAAGCUGGGCAGUCUCUUGACAAGGUGCCGGAAACUGGUGGAAUAUUUUCAGCAGUCUACAGUAGCCAUGUACAUGUUAAGUGAAAAACAGAAACAACAGAACAUCAUGCACUGCAUGCUUGUGAGUGAUCGUGUUUCCUGGUGGGGAAGCACACUUGCCAUGUUGCAACGAUUGAAAGAGCAGCAGUUUAUCAUUGCAGCUGUUUUGGUGGAAGACAGUAAUAAUCACCACCUUAUGUUGGAGACCAGUGAAUGGAACACCAUUGAGGGGCUGGUGGACCUGCUGCAUCCCUUUAAGCAAGUGGCUGAGAUGAUGUCUGCAUCUAAGUAUCCCACAAUAAGCAUGGUGAAACCUCUCCUUCAUAUGCUUCUCAACACAACCCUGAACAUCAAAGAAAAUGAUUCAAAAGAAAUCAGUAUGGCAAAGGAAGUGAUAGCCAAAGAAUUGUCAACAACAUACCAGGAGACCCCUGAGAUAGACAUGUUCCUUAAUGUGGCAACAUUUCUGGACCCUAGGUACAAGAAGCUGCCUUUCCUUUCUGCAUUUGAACGGCAGCAGGUUGAAAACAGAGUUGUAGAGGAAGCAAAAAGUCUUUUGGAAAAAGUAAAAGAAAAUAAUUUCAGGCCCGAAGAAAAGCUCUUUUCAUUAUCUGAAGAGCCACCGGUGAAAAAAAUGAUCAUUUCUUCCACCCCACCUCCGACUAGUGCAAUUAAUAACAUGCUGGCAGAAAUCUUCUGCCAAACAGGGGGUGUGGAAGAUCAAGAGGAAUGGCAUGCCCAGAUCGUGGAGGAAUUGAGUAACUUUAAGUCUCAAAAAGUACUUGGCCUAAGUGAAGAUCCACUUAAAUGGUGGUCUGACCGAUUGGCAUUGUUUCCCGUCUUACCAAAGGUACUUCAAAAGUAUUGGUGUAUUUUAGCUACGAGGGUCUUCCCCGAACGACUUUUUGGUUCAUCUGCCAAUGUUGUAAGUGCUAAGAGGAACAGAUUAGCUCCAGCUCAUGUGGAUGAGCAAGUCUUUUUAUAUGAAAAUACUCGUAAUGGGUCCGAAGCUGAACCUGAAGAUGAGGAUGAGGGAGAAUGGGGCUUGGAACAGGAACAGAUUUAUACUUUAAGUGACACAGUUAAUGUAAGCAACAAUUUCUUUAAUAUAAGGGACAGUGGAUUCAUCUGACAGUGAUGUUAAAAUGUAUUAAAGAAAAGUUGUUUGUCUUAAAAGUUACCAAAAAUAACCUGUUUUAUGCUUUCUUGUAAAUAUAGAACAGAUGUAACAGUGGCUUGGUUUUUCAUUUUCAUGUAUUUGUGCCUGCCAUCCAUAAUCUCAAAGUACAAAAGAAAGCUGGUCUUUGAUGUUAACUGAAAUGAGAAAGAUGGAGUGUUCUCUUUAGGUUUUGACUGUAAUUCCUUGCCCCUACAUAAAUAAUAUUUUUUUUAAAGCAAUGAAAUUAAAGAUUUAGAAACCCACUUAGAAAUGUCCCUCUGAGGAGUUUGACAGAUUAAAUUUAUUAAUAAAAGUAGAGUUGUAGAAGAGAAUUUUGGUUUUAAAAUGUUUAUAUCUCAUUUAAUUCAAUCAUUUUUAAUAGUGUUUUGGAGAGAUCAGAGAGCAAAUAGAAAAAUAAUACCUUUCCUAGAGCCCUAGGUAUAAGGUUAUAGUUUUUUUUUAAUUUAAAUAUGUAAAAUAUUUACUUUUUAACUUAAAUGGGAACUUCCCUCAGAAAAUUCUCAAAGCCCUUUAGUAGAAAUAUUCUUCAAAGAGAAGGCAAGCUUUAAGUUUAGUCUCAAUGUGCAAAUGAGCAUGUAGAAGCACUUUCCCUCCCUAUCCUUCCCUCAAAUAUGAGGUGUUAAAUUUUUGUUAUGUUUCUUGUCAUACUGCCAGCUCUGAGACAGCUCUCUCCUUUUUGCCAAAACUCAUCUUAUAGAGGUGGUUAGUUUAAGCUGUUUCUAAAGUUAUUGAAUCCUUUUUCUGGUUGAUGUAUUCUUAGCAUAUGAUAGUUUGCUUUGUGUCAGAAUGCUUAUGUGUUCUGCAUUUCCUAAAAACAGUAAUUUUUUGCAGGGAGAAAUAAGGUAUCUCUUAUAAAGAGUUGCUUUUAAAACAAAACAAAAAUCCCUAGCCUGUUUUCUGGUUUGUUAUAUGAAGGUAGCCAAAUGCCCAUGAGGAUUUUCAGAUCCUGCUAUUCAGGAGAAAAAUUAUUUAAUUUUUUUAUCUUUAACUCUCCUUAAAAGCAGGAACACUUGUUUUUGUGUUUGAAUCUCCCAGUACCCAGCCCAGUGCCUUGCACAGAGUAGGCGCUUAAUAAUUAUUUGCUUAGUCAAAAUGAAUUUAACUCUACACCGCUGUCCAAAUAAAUUUGCAAAGUUGCCCUGUUUUGGUUUACCUCUUGAGUCAGUUUGAGGUGUUUACAUUUGGCAUUCAGGGAAGUAUGAAGAACUAUGCUAAAUCUCAGUCUAUUAUUUGAUCUUGAAAACUUCCAUUGUUAGGGAAUUCAAAGAGGCACACUAUCUUUCUGUGUUAGAUUCAUCUCACUGGCUGUUCUGUGCAUCUAUUUAAGCAACCCAUAUUGGGAAAGACAGCAUAUAAAUGGUUUGGCAAUGACCAUUUUAGCUAGUAACUAAAUUCUGCCCUGGGGUUGGAGUUGUAGAUAUGUGAGUGUUUAAAAAAAAAAAAGUCAACCCUGGAAUUGGUGAGAAUUUCACGUGCCUUUUGGAGGAUAGCAUCUGGUCUCUGUCAUCAGUGAUGCAUGAUUUUAGGAGAUAAAUUUGCAGGCUAAAAAGCAACCAGAGGAAAUAUUUCCUUUUAAAGGAAAACAUGAUGUUAAUUAUUACAACAUACUGUAUAAUUUUAGGCUUUUUUGUAAUUCAUUGUUAAAGUACUGGGACACUGUCAUGUUGGAGGUGAGAAGGUGGUGUCCAGAUUGACCAUGGUAGAAUAUGGCUGGUAGGAUUUCACCUCCCUUCUGCACUCUAAGACUCCUAAGGCUGGAAAUACUGUACAGUGCAACUUGUAUUUGCCCUUAGUUGUGUUUUUUUUUAAUAGCAGUACAGUGCACUGUUCUGUUCCUUGAAAUCUCUGAAUAAUGAAACUGUAAACUGUUCCAAUGAGACUAGUCUCAUUGCAUUUUGUUUUUGUUUUUUGUUUGUUUUUGUUUUUUGCUUUUGUUUUUAUUUUUAAAACCCUUGUUGUCAGUCUUGCCCAUUGGCUAUGUUUUAUUUAAUGUUUUAGGCUUUGACUAUUGUUAAAUAAACCAGAGAAAUAAAUUAGCUUCUAAUUUAUUUGUCUGAUGUGUGUUCAUAUUGGUAGCACUUUGAUUAAAUUCUAGCAGUGAGAGGUUUUUUUUUUAUAAAGACACUUUUUAAAGGCA